UCCAAACAAUUGAAUUCCAAAUCACAAUUUAUUUUUUUUAAUGCCAUAAUGUGCACCGAUGUGGCAAAUCCUCCAGUGCAUAUUCUUCAGCUUUCUUGGAUGUAUAAAAUGACGAUCCAGUAUUGAGGAGGCUCAGUUCACUAAAAGAUCUCUUCAGAUCCUCUACUAACACGUGUCAUACGGAAAGCAGUGUUCAAUUUUUGUUUCGUGGUAGGCAAAUAAGGAGUGUAAAUAUGGCGAGAUUGGGGAACAUGUCUUGGAUUUGGAUGCUUUUAGUAUCAAUUUUGAUAUUGAACUGUGCGGCAAUACCUAAGUACGACAACAAUGCAAAGGCUCAUGUAGCGGAGAACAGUGAUUGGAAACAGGGACAAUUCAAUGAAAAUAAUUCUUCCACUUUCGAUCUUCACAGCCCUACCACUAAGGAUCGGUUACAACGUUUGGGUUAUACAACUGGGUAUGGAACAAUUAAUGGUUAUCCGGGAAGUACAGGAAUUUCUGCCUACAAUCCUAUUAAAUUAGAUCUAGGAGGAGUAGUUCUUGGAACAUUGGUGGGAAUCGGUGCAAUUAUAAUUAUUCCAAAGCUAUUGAACGCUUUCCAUGGAGGAUACGCUGGUUAUGGUCGAAGUGAAAAUGAGAACGAUUUAUCAUCCAUUUCAAAUUUUAUGAGUAAAAUUGACGAUAUACUUGGUCAAAAUAACAUUGAUUCAACGAGUUGUAUGCAACGAGCAGUUUGCAGCUAUGUUCGCUCAACUGAAUACAAUAUGAGGACUGGAGCGUCCGACCGAAUGGAUGAAUACAUUCACAUGUUGUCAGAAAAUGCUCUCGUUGAUUAUCUUUUGGAUGGAACAGCUAUAAAGGAGGCAUUAGAAGUAGGAAAAAAAGUAAAUGGAGACUCCUGUGAGAAGAUAUAUACAUCUUGUCAAAUGGACAACAAAACCGCCACCAAUGUCUUAAUGAAACUAUUGCCGAAGAAACCGAUUUCAAAGCUGCAGUCGCAAACAUCGAGGCCAUCGCAUUGAUAACUGGAUUUGUUGUUAUUUAUUAUAAAUAGGUAUAAAAAAAAGCAUGCAUACGUACAUACAUGUAUAGUGAAUUUAUGUGGAAUUUAGAGAAAAUUUAGGCUAUUAUCAGCAGGCAUUUUAUUCGGUUUUCAAUAACGUGUGGCAGUGCACUCUAAAAACCAUAUACCCUUGAACCCUGGAACACAGAUUUUCUUGUUGUCGUUUGAUUCUAUUUGUUUAUUUUUUUCCACCAUAAGUGCUUGUAUUUGUAUGUGUGA